UGAAAAGAAGAAGCUCCCCAGUACAGUACUUCUUCGCCUUUGGAUCCCCGCUGAUUUCCGCCCCCGCCUCGCCUGCUAGUCCCGGCCCGCCACUACAGGUACCGGUCCAGCUUCCGAGAGCUUCACCACCUCGGUGGAGCUCAUUUGCCGAUACCAACAGCCAUGCUCUGUUCAUCGCAAAUGGCUCUACAGAGGGCCUCUGUACAUCUUCUAGGUCCUCUGGAUAUUCCACCACGUUUCAAUUGUCUGGUUGUACCCUCACCCCUUCAUACCGUACUACUCCCACGUUGAAGUAUCCUCAGCCAUGGCAGGCUUCGUUCAGAGGGGCGUCAAGAAUAUCCUCCAAAAGAGGCCUAACGACGUAGUCUUUCUCUCUGCCCUUCGCACACCCGUAACGCGAGCAAAGAAGGGUGGUCAGCGUGAUGCAUACGACCACGAGUUACUCGCUGCAGUCCUCAAAGCUACGCUGGCGAAAAACCCGAACCUCAACCCGGCCAGAAUAAACGAUGUCAUGAUUGGUACAGUCCUGUCGGAGCUUGGUGGCUCAAAGGCUGGACGCAUGGCCGCCGUACAUGUCGGAUACCCCAGCACAACAUCUUUUCAAACAGUCAAUCGCGCAUGCGCCUCCGGCCUAGCAGCUAUCACAGGCAUAGCGCAUAGCAUUGCUGUGGGCGCGAUCGACGUGGGAGUAGGAGGAGGAAUGGAGAGCAUGACACGAAACUAUGGAUCGAGAGCUAUCCCGACCCAAUUGUGGAACAAGCUAAAGGAGUCGCCAGUAAAAGAGGCGCGAGACUGCAUCAUGAACAUGGGGAUCACAGCGGAGAACGUCGCAGAACGGUAUGGCGUGAACAGGGAAGACCAGGAUGCGUUUGCGGCUCGCUCGCAAUUGAAGGCUGCAAAGGCACAAGAGGAGGGUCUAUUCGACGAGGAAAUAAUUCCUGUUGAGACUAUCUGGCGACCAGACCCGGAGGUAUUGGAGAAGGAGGAACUUAUAACUGUAAUUAAGGACGACGGCAUCCGAGGAAACACAACCGUGGAAAAGCUCGCAACCAUGAAACCUGCAUUCAAGGAGAAUGGAACACUUACGGCUGGAAGUAGCUCACAAGUCUCUGAUGGUGCAGCUGCAGCUCUUAUGAUGAGGCGAAGUACGGCACAAGAACUCGGCUUGUCAUCUUCUAUCAUUGGCAAAUGGGCCGGUACCAAGACCAUUGGCUGUGACCCCGAUGAGAUGGGCAUCGGCCCUGCCGUAGCCAUUCCUGAACUCCUUGAGUAUGCAGGCAUAUCGAAGGAUGACAUUGGCAUUUGGGAGAUCAACGAAGCUUUCGCCAGCCAAGCUAUAUACUGUAUAAGAAAGCUGGGGAUUGAUGAGUCCAGGGUAAAUCCCAAAGGGGGAGCCAUCGCGCUUGGUCAUCCACUUGGAGCAACUGGGGCUCGACAACUGGCCACGCUGCUACCAGAGAUGGCGCGUCAGGGACAGGAGCUGGGCGUGAUCAGUAUGUGCAUAGGCACAGGUAUGGGUAUGGCGAGUUUGAUUGUUCGGGAGUAGACAUUGAAAUUUCGACCGCCUUUGCGACUCUAAAUGUGCUGGGAAUCUUGUUCUGGGUAAUAUGCAGCCACUUUCUCAUUCACCCGAUAGGUCUUUCGCCGACUUCUUUUUCUUUUUGGAUCUUGAGGCAAGUAGAUCGUCAAGAUAUGACGUCGAUCGCUUCGUGGCUCUGAUUUGCUGGGUAAUUUUGGUCUUUUCUGCUGGCGGUUGUGCAGUCUUGCUAAUUUCAUGCUCGCUUG